AUGGCCGUCGCACGCUCGAUGCGCCGUACGAGUCCCAUCAGCAUCGUGCUGGCUGCACUGCUCGCCUUCGGCUUCAUUGUUUUCAUGCUAUCACCCUCCACGCCAACCGUCUCCGCAUCCGCAACAGCUGCCUCCUCACAACAGCGCCAACAAGACGCCGCCGAACACCCUCUCUCCCCACCGACAAAACCCUUCCUCAAAUCCCAGUCCCUCCGCAAUGGCAUCCAGGCCGCCCCGCCAGUCGUCCACUAUAACCUCAACAACCUAACCAGCUCGAGUGACUCCAUCGCCAACCGCGAGCGCAUCCUCAUCCUCACUCCACUAGCCCGCUUCUACCAGGGUUACUGGGAUAACCUGGUCAAACUGAGCUACCCACACGAGUUGAUCUCCCUGGGCUUCAUCGCACCGAAGACCAAAGACGGGAACGCUGCUGUUUCCGCGCUCGAGAAAGCUAUUCAUACCACGCAGUCCGGACCCAUCGAUAACCGUUUCGCAAGUAUCUCGAUUCUCCGCCAGGACUUCGAUCCGCCACUUCAAUCGCAAGACGAAAAAGUGCGGCAUAAAAUGUCUGCACAGAAAGAGCGUCGCGAAUCCAUGAGUCGCGCGCGUAAUAGUCUCGUUUUCACCACGAUGGGACCGAGUACAUCAUGGGUUCUCUGGUUAGAUGGCGAUAUUGUCGAGACCCCUUCAUCUCUAAUCCAAGAUCUCACAAAACACAAUCAACCCGUCAUCGUACCGAAUUGUUAUCAGCGGUACUACGACUCAAAGUCCAAGAAAUGGGAUAUCAGGCCCUACGAUUAUAACUCGUGGAUCGAUAGCCAGGAAGCGCAGAAUCUCGCUGCGGAAAUGGGUCCCGAUGAGAUUCUGCUAGAAGGGUAUGCAGAGAUGCCAACCUAUCGCACAUUGAUGGCCUAUUUGCCCGAUUUCAAGGCCUUAGAUCCGCAUCGGAUAGUCGCGUUAGAUGGCGUCGGCGGUACGGCGCUUAUGGUUAAAGCAGAUGUUCACCGUGAUGGUGCCAUGUUCCCUGCUUUCCCGUUCUACAAUCUUGUUGAGACGGAGGGUUUCGCGAAGAUGGCUAAGCGGUUGGGAUAUGCGGUCUUUGGACUGCCGGAUUAUUUCGUCUACCAUUAUAACGAGUAA